CUCGGCUGAACUCGCCUCGCUCUCGCGACUUUCGUGUCGUGGUGCGGUUGCGAGGUAGUAGUGGUGGUGGUGGUAGUGGUGGUGGUGGCGGUGGGCAGUAUCCGCGACAAGCGAGAUAGGCUUCCGACCGGUCGGUCCCGAUCGGCAGAUGAUUUACCGGAGAUAGUGAUGGCGUGCGCGGGCACCCACCGUCAGCAGGGUUAGCGCAGCGGGAGGGUUGACCGACGACGUCGCGAUCCCGUGGGAGAGAAGAGGAGAGAGAAAAAGAAAGAAAGAAAGAAAGAAAGAGAGAGAGAGAGAGUCGCGCGCGUGUGAGUGUGCACCGACGUAUGAACCUUGCCCCUCUCACGAACCAGCCCCCGGAGUGGUGAUCUCGUCGGUGUGUGGUGGCCAAGUUUCGUGGUAGUGAUUCCACCUCGCGCUGUUACUCGCGGUGGAGAGAUCCCGUCGCCGUCGUCUACUCCACGUCUACGGGGACAGCGCGGAGAGGCGUUUUCAUGGCGCGGCUCGGCGACGCGACUACGGGGACCGCGCGCGCCUCACCGAGAUACUCCGUGCUACUGCUGCUGCUGCUGCUGCUAUUGCCCGAGCACCGACGACCAGUGCGGCACGAGCGGUGUCGACGUGAGAGGGUAUCGCCGCGCGCUGGGGAUCACAGUGGCCGGGAUCGCACGCAGUCGGAGCACCGGAGCACCGGAGCAUCGGCCGAGGGAAAAACACAGCGGUGGCGGCGGCGGCAGCGGCAGCGGCGGCGGCGGCGCGCACACACACACGCAGCCGAGUGCGUCACCGCCCAUAUGUGAUGUGUUCCGCGCGUGCGAGCGAAUGAGUAAUCAUGUAUUGUCAGGACAAGGGUUCGACCGCCUCCAAGAGCAAAGAGGGGCCUGUGACAAUGAGGGAGAAGAAGGGCGGUGCUCUCAGCAGAGUACAAAAAUUAAAAAAACGCCUGAGUCAUAGCUUCGGACGGCUUUCUAUAUCAAAAGAAGAGGCUGAUGAUGCAACAACCAGAGGUCAAUUGCCAUAUAAUGGUUAUUCUGAGGAGUUCCUAGACCGCUUGGAGCCAAAUGGCAACAUACUUGCGGACAAAGAUCGUCGUUAUGAAUGUUUUCGGAAAUUGGACUGUCAUAGAAUGGACAGGUGUGGACGAUCACGAGAGAGUGCAUCGGCAGCUUUCGGUUUCUAGCGAUUCGAAGCUCCUCGAUGAAGAUAUACGAGAGGAAGCUAGGGUAAUUUUGCGACCGCGACGUCCACCGCGGCCGAAAUCUGAGGUUUUCCUUGGUCCGGAUCCACCUAGAAGAACUAAAAGAUUCUCUGCUUUUGGGGGAGAUUCGCCAUUCGGUAAAUCUGAAGCUUAUAUAAAACUGGAGCAGUUGGGAGAGGGAUCAUAUGCCACAGUGUUCAAAGGCUACAGCCAUCUCACUAAUCAAGUGGUGGCUCUUAAAGAAAUUAGACUGCAAGAGGAGGAAGGAGCUCCAUUUACUGCCAUUCGCGAGGCAAGUCUCCUUAAAGAGUUAAAACAUAGCAAUAUCGUGACUUUGCACGAUAUCAUUCAUACCCGCGAGACGCUCACCUUCGUGUUUGAAUACGUUCACACCGAUCUAUCGCAAUAUAUGGAGAGGUACGGAAGCGGGAACGGAGGAUUGGAUCCGCGUAACGUUAAAUUGUUUCUUUUUCAAUUGCUGAGAGGAUUGGCAUACUGUCACCGCAGGAGAGUUCUGCACAGGGAUGUAAAGCCACAGAAUUUAUUAAUCAGCGAAAUAGGAGAACUUAAAUUGGCAGACUUUGGAUUAGCAAGGGCCAAAUCUGUGCCAUCGCAUACAUACUCACACGAAGUCGUGACCUUAUGGUACAGACCGCCCGACGUUCUUUUAGGUUCCACAGAGUAUUCCACCUCGCUCGACAUGUGGGGAGUAGGUUGCAUAUUUGUGGAAAUGUUAACUGGUGAACCGACAUUCCCAGGUGUACGCUGUACGUACGACCAACUCGAUAAGAUAUUUAAAGUGCUGGGCACACCCACCGAGGAGACUUGGCCGGGUGUCACGCAUCUGCCCGGGUAUAAGGCGCAUAGACUGAUAUUUUAUCCGCCGCGGAAAUUGGGACACUCGUUUCCCCGGCUUUAUGAUAUUGCCGAGGGUGACAGUAUGGCGUCGUCGCUCCUGCAGUUGAAUCCCGAUCAACGGAUAGGAGCGGAGGAAGCGUUACGGCAUCCCUAUUUCGCCUCUCUUCCUAGAAAACUAUAUGAAUUACCUGAUGAAGUGUCGAUAUUCAGCGUAGAAGGUUGUCACUUGUAUACAAACUCGAGGCACGGGUGCGCGGACUCGCGUCCACCAACAUCCUUUAAGAGGCCGUAAGCCGUAAGGCCGUAAGAAAUUGAUCAAACACAGUUGAAUCUAAAAGGAGAAUAAUCGACUAUGGUUGGACAAUUUCUUACGGCUUAAGGCUUACAUUGUAGACCGGGACUUAAAGACUUGAGGUUAAAGCAAACGUUAAAAGAGUAAAUUAUAAGUAAAUUUGCAAUUUACACGUUGAGUGAAACAUUCAUUCUCAUGGGAUACAUAUGUGUGAACAUACACGAAUAUAUACGAUCAAACCCUGUAAAAAAAAAUUGAUAGAAAACGAUAGGAGCCGAUACGAUUUGUUAAAAAUCUUAUCGUUUCCUAUUAUUAUCUGAUAGAAGCGGAUUUAAUCAUUGAACAAUAGAAUUCUGAUACUAACUUAUUCUUUAUCAUUUUAAUUAAGAGAUGCGGUAGUGUCUCGCGCUAAGUAAAUGUGCAGCGCGAGGAACCCGCGUCUCUUUACACGAGCCGGCAACUUCCGAGCACCCGAGAUUAUCAGAUUUCAGUAAUGGCUGAAUCGAUCAAGUUCUAGUAGACUUAAUCGAUAGCUUGGGAGUAAAUAAAAGUGUUUUUAUUUUUUUCUCUCCGUGUCCUAUAAGCGGAAUAUAUCGUGAAUAAAUGAUUAAAACUUUAGCAAUUUUGUAUUCACGUUGUCAGUUUCCGAUUCAUAACAAUUAAAAAACGAUUAAACAUUUCUUGUCGUUUUCUAUCGAUUUUUGUUAACAGAAAAAACACAACACACACAAUAGAUACAGACAACAAAUAUACAGGCGCACAUGCACUAUUCCCAGAUGCGUUGUUCGCUCUCUCUCAGGGCUGCUCCAUGAUUUCCGUCACUGUUCUUUUCACACACACAUACAUACACACACAUGCAAUAAUAAUAUUCUUUUCGCCUUCUUUUUGAGAAUAUACGUAUCGAGUAAAUUAAUUAUUAACAAAGAUAAAAUCGUAAUUCUGGUCAAGAAAACAAGAAAGUAAAGCUUAUGGCUACAAGUAAAAAAAAAAAAAGGAUUAUAAGAACUCGCGCACGCUCGAUUUAGGAAGCAAAAGCACGCACGACCCAUCCUCGCACUUCGUCCAAAUACUAGAUUUAGAUCGAUACCAAUCAAAAAAAAAAAAAAGGAAAGAUACCAUACCGCCGCCCUACGUUUCCCCGAUCCCAGCCCAAGCCAAGUAGGGCGGGCGGUCGCUGGUUAGCAAAACUAUUUACGAAGUAAUUAUUAUCUUAGAAAAAUUGUGGAAGACCUGUAGCACUUUAUAUAAACGAACUUUACUGCUGUUUCGAAUACGAUGUUGGUCGCUAGGACAGUUGAGAAUAUUGAUAGUUAAAAUAGGGGAACCGUUGUAAGAGUUAAAUUUAUUGUUAGACGUGAUGAUAGCGUGUAAGAUCUAGAAGUUUAAGGGGGGUGGGGGGAAAACAGCGCGUCAGUAUUAGUCAAGUGCCAUAGUAGCCAACAUCGCGAGACGCAGCGAGAGAAACUAACUGAACGCUCAUCGUUAAUAAUACCCGAUUGUAGUGAUUUAGACGUAAGUGAUUAGCGUUAGAUCGUAUUUAAUAACAAUCGAAGUUUAUCGACAAUGUCGCAACGUAGUAUAAAUGAUAGCAAAUCGAGACAGAAAGGGUGAGAAAGGGAGAGAUGAGGUAGCGAUUUUAGACUUGUCGAAAAUUCAUUUUCGCGCGCGCGCGCGCGCGCGUUCAAUUUUGCUUUUAAUUAUUGACAUUAGCCAAAUAUGGUGCUCGAGCUGUAAACUGUGACAUGUUCAAUCGACCUCGUACUCGUGAUGUAAUUAUUUAAAACGAGUAUCCGUUCGAUUUUCUAAAAACUACAGAAUAUAAACUAGCGUUGGCAAUAGUAGAAGUAGGGAAACGUAAAGAAAAAAAUGGCGUUACAGUUCUUCCAAAUUUUGUCUAAGCUACAAUUGACGAUUAUUGCGGUAAUACUACUCCUUUUCGUAGGGUUACAUUUAUACCGAUUUUUCAGCACACUUAUUAAAAAAAGAAAAAUAUAUCAACGAGGUGAAAGUAAAGAGAAAGGAGAGGGAGUUCCCGAAAAGAUUUGAAAGACGCUAUUUGCUAUUACUACCGAUUAUUGCGUUUAUUUCGGUAGAUUGUACAUAGAAUUACCAGAUUCGUAUUAUCGAUGAUGGCUGAGAUAGCUGAAUCAAGAUAAUAAAUGUGACUUUGUAAUAAA